ACAUUAAGGUAGAGUGAGUCAAGGACCACCUGGGAAGGAGUCUCCUCGAGCAGUUUGUCAUUUUCCAAGUGGAUUUUUGUUGACUGGAAUACAGAUUGAAAACUUGAAAGCAUCAUGCUUUGCCUCCUGACACUGAUUGUGAUCCCAGUGGUCCUGGUCUCUGUAGGUUAUCCACAGGGCCUGCCAGACUUGACUGUUUCCUCCCCUAAGCUGAGAGUGCAUGUGGGUGAAUCGGCCUUGAUGGGAUGUGUUGUCCAGAGCACAGAAGAGAAACCUGUGGACAAAGUAGAUUGGGUAUUCUCGAAAGGGGAGCAUGCUGAGAAUGAAUACGUGCUGUACUACUACUCCAGCCUCAGCGUGCCCACGGGGCGCUUCCAGAACCGUUCACGUUUGGUGGGGGACCUCUUACGUAACGACGGUUCUCUCCUGCUCCAAGAUGUUCAAAAGGCUGACGAGGGAAUCUACACCUGUGAAAUCCGCCUCAAAAAUGAAGGCUCAGUGUCGAAAAAGUUCGUGUUACUGCACGUGCUACCAGAGGAGCCUAAAGAGCUGAGAGUCCAUGUAGGUGAUCCAAUUCAGAUGGGAUGUUUUUUCCAGAGUACAGAAGAGAGACGGGUGACCAAAGUGAACUGGAUGUUUUCUUCAGGAAAGCAUGCCCAGGAGGAGAUUGUCUUGUCCUAUGACUUCAACAUGCAUAGUGGGACCUUCCAGGGCCAGGGUCGCUUCCGCAACCGUGUAGACCUGACAGGUGACAUCUCCCGCAACGAUGGUUCUAUCAUGCUUCAAACAGUGAAGAAGUCUGACCAAGGAGUCUACACUUGCAGCAUCUACCUGGGGAAGCUGGAGUCCAGGAAAACCAUUGUGCUGCAUGUGAUCCAGGACGAAUCUCCAAGGUCAAUCUCAACAACUACUGAAACUGCUGGGAAACAGCAGGGGAUCCUGGAUGGGAACCAGCUGGUGAUCAUUGUGGGGAUCGUCUGUGCCACCCUCUUGCUGCUUCCAGUUUUUAUAUUAAUUGUGAAGAAAACCAAGUGGAAUAAGAGUUCAGUGAGUUCUUUGGCUUCUGUGAAGAGCCUGGAAAACAAAGAGAAGACCAGUGCAGAGAAACAUGUCUACUCCUCCAUUACUACAUGGGAGACGGCAGAGAGAGGACCAAGUGGAGAGUCAGAGGCCACCUACAUGACCAUGCACCCAGUUUGGCGUUCUUCCCCCAAAGCAUCCAGUUUGGCCCUCUCUUCAGCCAGAAUCAAGUAAUGCAGUUGAAAAAAAAAGUCAGCUCGGGGAAUUCCCAAAGCAGAGCAAACUUUCUGAGACGAAAGGAGAGACUCUUCAUGGUGGUCCCUGGGGUCACUGUGCCAGCCAUUUUAGACUUGUGCUUUCCAGCUGGUCUCUGCUCCAUCAAAGGCCUGGAGAUAGAGGGUCUGGAAUCUAGCGGAAGACUGAACUGCUCCAGAUAACCAGGCUGUGUGGGCUUCUCCUAGAAGUGCUGUGCUGGCUGGCGAGGAUGGGGAGCUCCCUGAUCCACCCUGUGCCUUCAAGCACUCCCUUGGACUGGAUCUGUAACAUGAACAGUGGCUUGCUUGUUUGUUCUUGUGGGAUGAGCUACUAAGAGACUCAAUAGAGAUAUAAACCAACAAAAACAAUCUUUUCUUAUGUCCUGGAUGAAGGGCAAGUGGGGAAAUUUGAAGCAUGGAACUCCUGAGAAAGUGUCCUUUGAGGAGAGCCACAAUGGAUUCAACAUCUGA